CUGCAGCAGGGACUGGCGAUCCCCCUUGUCCUUGCUGAACUCCGGGCGGGAGCAGAAAGGUGCCGACAGGUCCCAGCAGGCGGGCUGGCAUGGCUGUGCUGCACUGGCACCUGUACCUCAGCGCCCUGGGCUGCUGGGUGACACAGCUCUCCAGCUCCUUCCUGCUGCCCAAUGCCACCGAGCUGCUGUCCCCGCCCGGGGGCACGGCCGCGGGGCUGCUGUGGGGCGCGGGGGUCCCCCGGAGCCGUCGGAAGCGAUACCUCUCUCCCCACGACAUGAGCGUGAUUUUGGAUUACCACAACCAAGUGCGGGCUCAGGUGUCCCCCCCUGCUGCCAACAUGGAGUUCAUGGUGUGGGAUGAGCGGCUGGCCAGGGCAGCAGAGGCGUGGGCUGCGCGUUGCCUGUGGGACCACGGGCCCCCUGAGCUGAUGAAAUAUGUGGGGCAGAACCUCUCCAUCCAGUCGGGCAGGUACCGCUCGGUCACGGACAUGGUGAAAUCCUGGCACCAGGAGCAGCAGCACUACUCCUUCCCCCACCCCCGGGAGUGCAGCCCCCGCUGCCCCAGCAAGUGCAGCGGCUCCGUCUGCAGCCACUACACGCAGAUGGUGUGGGCAACCUCCAGCCGCCUGGGCUGUGCCCUGGGCACCUGUGCCAACGUGCAGGUGUGGGGCAGCACGUGGCGUCACGCCAUCCUCCUCGUCUGCAACUACGCCAUCAAGGGCAACUGGCUGGGAGAAGCACCGUACAAGGUGGGGCAGCCAUGCUCAGCCUGCCCCCCCACCUACGGCCGGGGCUGCUCCAACAACAUGUGCUUCUCCGGAGUCAAAUCCAACCAAGUCAGCUGGUUCUAGGGCUGCAGCCCCAGGAGGAACCCCCGGGAAUGGGGUCAACCAGAAUUAUUUAUAACACUGACCCCCAGCAGCCCGGCUGUCCAACCUGCUUCAUCCCCAGUGCCGCGUAGGAAACUGCUUUUCUAACCCACCUCUCCAGCAGUGCUCACGUCACCUGGCUGCUUCCCACUUUGGGGGAACUAGGGACAGUUCAGGUUCCUAUUUUCUGAAAUAGGGAAGGUUUGGGGGUGCAUGGAGGGAGUGGGGCUGGCUGGCGUGGUCCCUGCUCUGCAGACUUGGGAGGCUUUCCCCACUGCCCCCCUCGGUGCUAAGGCAGAGUCUGGUGUAAGCAAAUACCAAGAUGUUCCCUCAUGGUGAGCAGCUGGAGAAGUGGGGAACCCUGAGCGUGCCCCUGCUCCACAGCAGCCCUUCCAGUUAUGGGGACCCAGCUCUGAGCCCCCAAUAAAGCAGCCUGGAGACCCC